AACUGGCCACCAUCCCCCCUCCAGACGACUUUCCAAGCUUCGAUUCUCCGGCGUGAGUCACUCCAAUUCUUCUUCUUCUUCUUCCCGCUGCCACAUCGCCACGUCCAGAACAGUCGGGCCGACGGAGAGCGACACCCCAGAGCCCACACGUGUACACCUGAUCAUCUUAUUUAAGCACCAGGCGACACCACGCUGAAAUAACAACGGAACUCCACUGCGAAAUACUCGUACCAGUUCUUUGUUGCAGCAUCAUCACAAAGAUUUAGACUUCCCCGAGCCAACCUCCAGGCACAGCUAGCAUGGCGAACGCGGUGUCGGGCGUGGCGGUGAGCGAGGAGUGCGUGAGGGCGUUCCAGGAGCUGCGGGCGGGGCGCGCGCACCGGUUCGUGGUGUACAAGAUGGACGACGCCGUGCAUCGGGUGGUGGUGGACAAGGUGGGCGGCCGCGACGCCGGCUUCGACGACCUCGCGGCGGCGCUCCCCGCCGACGACUGCCGCUACGCCGUCUACGACCUCGACUUCACCGUCGGCGACGCCACCGCCAAAGGCGCCGACGGGGAGGCGCCCCGCAGCAAGAUCUUCUUCAUCUCCUGGUCGCCGACGAGUGCGGAGGUGAAGAGCAAGAUGGUCUACGCCAGCUCCAACGAGGGGUUCAAGAAGGAGCUGGACGGCACGCAGAUCGACGUGCAGGCCACCGACCCCGGCGAGCUCACGCUCGACAUCCUCAAGGACCACGCCACCUAAUCAACCAAUCAAUCAUCUAGUGUGCCGUUUGUGUGUAUGAUUGACGGUUCACGCGUGCACGUUACGUGGGUGCGUGUGCUAGCUUUGUGCCGUGCAUGUAUCUUUGCCCUCUUCGAUUGUGUUGUGUGCUCCCAACUGGAGAGAAUGAUAUGAUGAUGGGUUCCCCUUGUACUACGUGGUGUGCAAAUAAUUGACUCUUUUCUCUCAAG